UGCUACCACCACCACAAAGCAAUCCAUGGAGUGAAUGAGAGUAUUUAAUCAGAGUCGCAGCUCCUCUCCAAUUGCUUCCAACUCUGCCAAAGACACAGCAGAAGCGCAGAGGAGCGAGUCUCCAGACUGGAUCCCACGAACACCACCACAGGCAGCUCCUCAGGAGCCUCGAAAGUCUACCGGCAGUUGGACGACCAUUUUUGCAGAUGGCCCGAAGGACAAGCUCAGCUCUGCCAGGGAAUCUGAACUCUCCACUGUGCAGAAAGGUGUGAAGAGUCCAAAGUCGAGUUCUGACUCCACGGAGUACGAUGCAUUUGCUACAGGGCCAGAGCCAGCGUUGAAAUCUCCACGUGAAAGGACUGAACAGUCAGAGGAGUCUCUCGCCAGGCCAAGUGGGCUUCACGCAGCUGUAAAGAACUCUGCCGGAGGUUCCGAGCCUGACAUUGACAGGGAGCAAAGUGAAGGCAAGCCUGGUGGGAAGAAUGAAACAGCUGAAAACUCUGAGAUCGUCAUGAAAGAUGCCGGGGAUUUGGAUCGGCCUUCUCCAAGCAAGAGCAGGUUAGAGACAGACGAAAUGGACAAUCUGAAGACGAGUGCAGUUGAAGACAAAGGCACGGAAGCAACAAGGAGCCCCGAGAAAAGCCCAGUCGAUCAGGCUGCCGAACCUAGUGACAUGCCCGCUGAGUCCACCAAAGGUAGCCGAAGCGGAAGAAGCGGAAGCGGUGAAUCUGAGACCUCGGAGUAUUCAGCGAGCGAGAAAACGGAUCCAGGCGCUGCGCAGCUAGCUGGGCCUUUGGCAUCCAAUGUGAAUGACGGAGGCUGUUCGUCCGACACAAGCCCCGCAACAGAACUUCAAGCCAAAGUUCCACGAACUGCGCAGAGCGAAGCAUGUCCGACUGUGACCAGGCAGCCUCCACCUCCACCUCUUGCUCGACGGCGAUCUGUGGAGAUUCACGGCCAUUUACCACACUGGAAGUACAUAGCAGCAGAUGGAGAGGAACGGUUGCCAAUUCGAUCAUCUUCUGCUGUCGAUGCACCGACAACUGGGGGCUCGUUGGGAUCUGGGGAGGUUUUUGCUGUGGAGCAAGAAACUCCUGGUGCCAAUGGCGUUCUUUUCUUGAGGUUGGCAGAUGGUCGUGGUUGGGUGUUUGACCGGAAAAGCGGUUUGGGAAGAAAGAGACGGGCACGGCCAUUGUGUGUGCCGUACCAGGUUCCUUUGAUUGACGAAGAAGACGGCACAAAGACACGGAAGGCACGAGACAAAGUUCGGAAAGCUUGCAAUGGACCCCCCAAGGCGAAGAGGAGGAGACACCAAGCAGUCCAUGAUCCAUACAUGGUCGAGACUGCAGACAUUAUAGAGGUUGAAUCCGAUGAGGGUAGACCGCUUGGUUCACCCAAUGCGCGUAAGGAAGCCCCCGCGAACGAGCACCACAGUGAGCGAGACGUGGCAAAGGAGCAACUUCGAGUGCAGCUGGAGAAGAAGCAGCAAGAAGUUCAGGCUCUUCGAGCGAAACUGUCCCAGCUGGACGCCAAAGAGGUGCACCAGACGGAAAACCAGGAGCUGAGGCGAAAGGUGCCAAGGCAAACAAGUCCGGGUUUGCAAGCUGAAGGCGAACGAGCGCAUUCUGGAAAGGCGAACUCCAUUCUGGAUCAGAAACGCCGCGAGUUGCAGGCGAUGCUCGCUAAGAAGAGGGCAAAGAGCAUGGCUCAUGGCCUGAUUCAAAAGCCUGCGCCUAGAUUUGUGGAUUAGUGAUGAAUACAAUUGAAUACCUUGUACAGUCCGAUGGAGUCUUCAGCAUCUGCCAAAGAAGCGGGUGCAGCUCCGAUUUGCAGAGACACCUGAGGCACAGUGCCUGAAGCUCUGUGGAUCCAUUUCUAUUGACAAACUCUGCCAAAGAA